AUGGUGUUGGUUAUGGUGAUGGGGCGGCUUUGUCUCGUAAUUGGACAAUCGUGUAAAAACCCGCCCCAUUUAAUAAUUAGACAAUCUAACCCAUUUAUAACUGUGGCUGGUCAUACGCCCCUACCUCUCUUUCAAAGUUCUCCGUUGAAGCGCACUCAACGGUCUCCAUUGAAGCUAGUACUUGUAUCCCCCAUUGAAGCAGCUUCUGAGGGUCAGGUGAAACAAUUCUUAUGGAGUGUGUGGUUCAGGGGAUCAUUGAGACCCAGCAUGUGGAAGCACUGGAGAUUCUUCUUCAGGGGAUUUGUGGAGUCAAUAAGGAGCGGUUAAGGAUUCAUGAGUUGUGCUUAAAAAGCAGCCCAAACCUUGGUAAUUUAUUAUUAUCUCUCUGUUUGGAUAUCUAGAGUACUUUUGGUGGUUUAG